AUGGGUUUUUACUGUAUGGGCGAAAUUCGUGCUUUGUCUGUUAAAGAUGUCUCUCUUUGCAGUGAAUAUAUGUCAGUUUUCAUUCCGAAACACAAGAAUGAUCGGUGUAGGGAGAGGCAUACAUCCCUCCUAGCAAGGUAUCAUAAGGCUACUUGCCUGGUUUAUAUUACCGAGAGGUUACUCAAGCUUCUUCCUUCAUCUACUCAGUCAUCCUUCCCCCUCGUUAGACGACUUGUUAAAUCUAAGUCUAAGAAGUAUUUUCAUGCUUCUAAAGGCGUUUCAUACACGACGCUUAGAGAGGAAUUUGAGAAAUACUUUUUAGCCAUUUGUAGAAGACAUCGCUAG